AUGGGCAACCACAUCUCCUCUGUGCAUAUCCGCCCUGACCCACCGGAAGAGACUAUUAAGCUUAUCAAAUCUGAUGGGCUGGUGAAGAUCUACUACCGACCCAUCCACGUCUCAGAGCUGUUGGUGGAGUAUCCAAAGCAUCUGGUCUGCCCUUCAGAUUCUUUCUACAUAGGCCAGAAGAUCCCAGCUCUCUCUGAGAACGACCAGCUUCAGCUGGGCCACAAGUACUUUCUCCUCCCUAAACAUUGUUUCCAGUCAGUCCUGUCAUUAGUCACCAUCGCCUCCUUCGUCAACACAUCCUCACAGCCCCAGGCACAACAAUCAUCUUCUUCUUAUUCCUCCUCCAGCAGAGAUUCAAUAAAUGCGCUUUUAAAGAAGGCAGCCACUUGCCAACCCUUCGACAUACAAAAAUCUCCAUCUGGCUGCCGGAGGAUUCGCGUGUCCGAUGAGUUUAUAUCGCAACUGAUGGAACAUAGCAAAAUGAAGGAGUCCGAGGAGGAUGAUGAGAGGUCAGGUAAAAGCAGAAGCAGAGUAUGCACCACUCCACAGUUACAGAAGGAUUACAGGUUGCUUGUUGGUUCUCGCGAAUGGAAACCCAAACUGGAGACGAUAAGGGAGAAAGAGAAGAAGAAGAGGCUUUCUUCAUUUGGAAUGAAGAGAAGGAAGAAAUCUCAUUCUAAAGGAGCCCAAAAGGCCACUCAUAAAUCAUCAGAACUCCACCUUCACGCAACAUCCACCAAAACUUCUUCAAAAGCCAAGAUUAAGAUCAAAUUAAGAAAGUGA